AUGUCUUCGGAAUCUGGUACAAGCCAGCCGUCGAAACCUCGGCCGCAGGAGGUUAUUGUGUCUGAGCCUAAUAUACACAAUGGCAAGGCGUCUACGUCCGUAUCUGACAGUGAAGAUAUGAAGGUCACGCAUUCAGUCAGCUGGCUUACUUGUCAGGUGAUCUUUACUGCUGCUCUGGGUGGCUUUCUUUAUGGGUUUAGCGCCAACGCCAUUGCUGGAACUUUGGCCCAGCCCUCCUUUAUUGCCAAGUUCCUCACAACGGCUGAUGCCAAUGCACGUACUGAUGGUCUUCUUGGGGGUUUCCUCGCAGGUUGCAUGGUUGGCUCCAUUGGCCAAGUUCCUAUAUCGAAGCGUUUUGGUCGUCGAAUCUGCAAUGCGGUUGCUGCAGUCAUCGUAAUCAUUGCCGGAGCUAUACAAGCAGGAUCUGUUCACAUUGCCAUGCUACUGGCAGCUCGCGUCGUCUGUGGAAUUGGAGCUGGAAUGGUCCUUGCCAACUCCCCAGUCUACAUGUGCGAGGUGGCUCCUCCUCAUGCUCGAGGGUGGCUUGUCGGUAUGCAGGGAAUAGGUAUCAUCACGGCCUACAUCAUGUGCGCGAGCCUCAACCUGGCCUUCAGCUUUGUCGAGGGGGCUUACCAAUGGCGCCUAAUCUUCGUUGUUCUCACCGGGGUUGCUAUUCUCCACCUGGCAUCGCUAACUACUCUCCCUGAGUCUCCCCGGUGGCUUAUGGAGAAGGGCCGCGAGGAUGAAGCCCGGGAGGUCCUCGUUCGCCUUCACAGGACUAAAACUGACCCCGAUGCUGUUCUCGCGCAUGCAGAGGUGGCUCAGAUCAAGGCCCAGGUGGAGACAGAGAAGUCCCUUCCCAGUGGGUUUAUUUAUAUUUUCUCUAACAAGCAUACGUUGAAGCGUGCAUACUGCUCUAUCAUCCUCUGGGUUAUGGGUCAGGGCACUGGCAUCACGGCUAUCGCCAACCUCAUUCCCACCAUCAUGGGUGGCCUCGGGUUUGGUGUUACCCUGCAGCUCGCUCUCGGAGUUGUUUGGACAGCGUGUCUUGUCAUUGCUUGCGCCUUCAAUGUCUUUCUUCUCGACCGUGUUGGCCGUGUAAAGCUUCUUGCUAUCGGAGGUAUAGGUUGUGCUGCCAUAAUCAGCGUCAUGGGUGCCUUGGUCAAGUUUUACCUUGGAAGUGAUAACACUCACGGACUCAACGCCACGGUGGCCACUUACUUCAUCUUCGGUGCCUUCUUCGCGGCCACCAUCGAGUCUACUUCUUACGUCUACGGAUCGGAGAUUUGGCCUACUCAUCUUCGAAGCGAAGGCUCGACUCUGGCAUACGCAUCCUUUUUUGGUAACUCGAUUGCAUACAGUUCUCCUGUCAGUGUCGGAUUGGCCAACAUUGGAUGGAAAUUCUACAUGAUCUUUGUUGCUGUAACCACUGUUAGCGCCAUUGCCAUUUGGUUCACUUUCCCCGAGACUAUGGGUCUUCCUCUUGAAGAAAUCAAUGGCAAGUUUGGCGAGAAGGUUGAGAUCGAUCUGAAGACAGCUGUGAUUGUCGAAAAGGAGCACGAGAGCGGCCUGGUCAGGGAGGCUAUUUCAGACGAGAAGUAA